GACGAAAAAAAAAAUUGAAGAGUUUUUUUUAAAAAUAUAAAAAUAUUCACCAACUGCGCAGAUUUCGGGAGAGGAAAAAAUUUUGCAUCACAUCAUCAUCAUCAUCACCGUCUCCUUUUGCGUUUCCAUCUGCUUCUUCAAUUUAUUUCCUUUCUUUCCUCGUUCAAUAAAUUAAAUCUUCUUAUUCACAAUAAUGACUGAAGAGCAACAGCACAUGAAUUCAUCAACAGUUGAGAAUGGCGAGAGGAAAGAGAAAAAGCCGAUUAUUCUUGAAACAGACGAGGAAAAGAGGAAUCGAAUGUGGUCAUUACGCAUCAUUUACUUUACAAUGUUCUUGAUAAGCUUGGGCUUUUCAAUUGUAUUGACUGGAAUAUGGCCAUACCUUGAUAAGCUCGAUCCUCACGCCGGAAAAGAAUUCAUGGGUCUUGUUGUUGCAGCCAAUCCUCUCGGUCAAAUGAUAUUCAGUCCACUUUUUGGAUGGUGGUCCAAUAAAAUGAAGUCAAUAAGACUUCCACUUAUGGCAUCAAUGGCAAUUUUCUGCAUUUCAAGUGGUGUUUAUUCAACUUUGGACAUGUUCGAAAACAAUGUCAAAUAUUGGAUGUUUAUCGCUCGAUUCUUUGUUGGUGUAUCAUCAGCAAAUAUUGCAGUCUGUCGUUCAUACUUAUCUGCUGCAACGACAGUUAAAGAAAGAACUGAUGCAGUCUCAAUGAUGAGUUUGGCUCAGGUGCUUGGAUUUGUAUUUGGUCCUGCACUUCAGGCUGCAGUAACUCCUCUUGGAACUGAUGGCUUUAUUUUCAUGGGAUUUACUAUUAAUAUGUAUACAGCAGCUGGAUGGGCCAAUGUCUUUUUAGGUGUCAUCAACUUUGUUCUCUUCCUUCCAUAUUACUUCAGGGAUUGUAGAAUUGCCGCCAAAGAACAAAUGUUAAUACAAGGAAAGGAAACUGAAAAAGAGACCUGGAAGUCAGUUAAAAUUGACUACACAACAGCAUGGACGUUGAUUUUUUCAUUCUUCGUCAUAUCCUUUAAUUUUGUAUUACUCGAAACUCUUGGAACCUCAUUAGCUAUGGAUCAAUUUGCAUGGACAAAGUCAGAGGCACUUUAUUAUAUGGGAGCACUUCUCUCAAUCGGAGCAUUCGUGGCUUGUGCUGCAUUUUUGCUCAUUCCACCACUUUGCCGUCGUUACUCUGAAUCUGAUCUUCUCAUUUGGGGUGGAUUCUUUAUUAUGGUUCUUGGACGUUUUAUAUUCAUUCCUUAUAGAGGAGAUAUUCCAAAAAUAUCUCUUGAUCGUGAAUUUGUUAUGGAAAAUGGCACAAUGGGACUAUAUGAUGAAGAUGAUCCGAUGGUUCUUGGAUGUCCUGCACAAACGCAGCCAUGGUGUGCAACAACUUUACAGCUACAAUUUCCUGAAUUUUUGACUGGCUAUAUGAUUAGUGCUGUUGGAUAUCCCAUUGGAGUCACAUUAAUUCAAACAAUAUUCUCAAAAAUUCUUGGGGCAAGACCACAAGGAACUUGGAUGGGACUAUUUACAGGCGCUGGCUGUGUGUCGAGAAUUUUUGGACCUCUUGCUGUUGGAUCUUUCUACACACGUUAUGGAACUACGUGGAUAUUUUCAGUUACAUGCGCUAUGAUGGUCUUUCCAAUGAUUUGGCUCUAUUUCCUUAAAAAUCGACUUUACAUUGAGGACGUUGAUGUGAAAUCAGUGGAAAUGAAGAAUCUCAACAGCAAUGGAACUAUACCGAAGAUACAAAAUGGCACAAAUGGCUACAUCAAAGAUAAAUCUGUGAUUAAUAAUGAAAAUGAAACAAAUGACGAGCAAGCAAAGUUUCUUGCUAAUGGAAGUAGUUAAAGUCUCAUUUUUUAAUAACUUAGAAU